AUGACUUCCUACUUGUCUUUAUUCCUCUGUCUCAUUCUUCUCUUUAAUGUUUUGGUGGCAGAUGCAUUCACAGGUACAUAUGGGAUAAAUUAUGGAAGGUUAGCAGACAACAUCCCAGCCCCAGAAAGCGUUGUAACGCUUCUCAGGGCGAACAAAAUAAAGAAUGUUAGAAUCUAUGACGCGGAUCAUAGUGUUCUAACAGCUUUUAAAGAUUCUGAAAUUCAAAUCAUCAUAGGACUUGGCAAUGAAUUCCUCAAAGACAUAAGUGUGAAUGAAGAUCGCGCUAUUGAAUGGGUGAAAAUAAACGUACAACCUUACCUCCCCGGUACCUUAAUUCGUGGCAUAGCAGUUGGUAACGAAAUUCUUGGAGGAGGAGAUACUGAACUAUGGGAAGUUUUAGUCCCUGCUGUUAAAAAUGUGUAUAAUGCACUUGACAAAUUGGACUUAUCACACAAAAUAGAAGUGUCAAGUCCACAUUCAGAAGCUGUUUUUGAGAACACAUAUCCUCCAUCAGCUGGUGUAUUUAAAGAAAGUAUACUACCAUACAUGUUACCAUUAUUAAAUUUUUCGAAACAAAUUGGUUCACCUUUUUACAUAAAUGCAUAUCCUUUUUUGGCCUACAAAAGUGACCCUAGUCACAUUGAUCUCAACUAUGCAUUAUUCGAGAAAUCCAGUGGUAUAUAUGAUGCAAAAACCAAGUUGCAUUACGAUAACAUGUUUGAGGCAAUGAUUGAUGCUGCAUAUUUCGCGUUGGAGAAGGCAGGGUUCGAGAAAAUGCCAGUAAUUUGUUCAGAAACAGGAUGGGCAUCACAAGGGGAUGAAAAUGAAGCUGGUGCAAAUGUGAAAAAUGCAAGAACUUAUAAUAAUAAUUUGCAUAAAUUGUUGUUGAAGAAAAAAGGGACACCACAUAGGCCUAAAAUGGUGAUGAGGGCUUAUAUAUUUGCUUUGUUUAAUGAAAAUCAGAAACCUGGCCCAACUUCAGAGAGGAAUUUUGGAUUGUUUAAAGCUGAUGGAAGUAUAGCUUAUAAAAUUGGAUUUAGAGGACUUGUGCCUUCUUCAGCAUCAAAGGACUUUGUACUAGGAGGCGGGUUUUGGAGUUCCCAAUGGUUUGUUGCUUUGGCGAGUGCAGUAGUGCUGACUCAAUUUUUAGACUUGUGA